AUGAGGGUGCUGUUAGUUUGCCUGGCAGGCUUACUGGUCUGCCUGAAGACGGCUGAUUCUCACUCAUUGCCGCAAAAGGAUUACGACACUGACUCCAACAAACAUGACAUUACCGAUCCACUGAAUGACACCAGCGGAAAUAAUAGCAGCUCGGUCCCCGACAAUUUCAGCGGAAUCUUUGAUUCUAGCACCACACGGUUCAUCGCGCGUUCCGUAACUAGGGGUGGCAAGAAAGAGUCCAUGGGCAUCUACGCCUACAAGAACGGUAAAUUGAAAAUGAUUUUAGAAGACAGCCUGGCCGUCUCUCCUUGGUCUUCGAAGUCGCGCGCCUAUUUGGGCAAUAAGGACGGUAUCUACGUUUACGACACAGAAACAGAGAAGCUUGAGAAGUACGGCAAUCUGAGUGACAACGUCAUCGGGAUCGCAAAAGAGAACCGCAGUGACGACCUGUACAUUCUGACGGAAGACCACGUCGUCUACAAGGUCACGGAGGAAGGCACCAAGAAAGUCAAAAUUAACGAAGCUGAGCACGUUGAGAAAAUAGCGCUGGACUGGGAUGACAACUUGUACUACAUCGGAGCAAACGAUCACCCGUAUGUUGUCACUUCGGACGGUGCGAAGAAGAUCGAAGGUCUUCCAGUUAACUCAACCAGAACGUUUAUCUCUAGGCCUCCGAUCAAGAUAGAGCACGGAGCGUGGUUUAUGUGCGAAAAACAGGCCUACAUCAUCUAUCCCAACGCGACCAGCGAACCAUACGUAUUCAACGACCAAGAGAAGUUGGAACAUGAGAAAACAGUUCGUGCUCUUAAGACUAUUCUCUCACAGGUGGAUAACCAACCAGUGGAAUAA